AUGUCGGAGUUUAUAAUUCAAGGACCCUUCCAAUCUGCUGAUAAAAUGGAUCUUUGUCAGGUAUUAGUUGUUGAUUUGGAAUAUUUUGAUGCUAUGUUGAUGUUUAGCUUCAUCCAUUUCCUUUCCUACGUGGCUUAUUCUUGUGCAGUUGAAAAUUUGGCUUUACAUAAAUCCGCCUGGCAGGCGCACAAUUGGCCUGAUGCCGGGAAAGACGUAGCUUGGGGAGCAAGCAAGGCAGUGGAUGGACAAUAUACUGACCGCUCAGCAGGAGGAAACCAGUGUACAAUAUCAGCAGAUGGACUCUAUACAGCAGAAUGGAGGGUAGAUCUUGGGAGAGUUGUCAGCAUUAGUUAUAUCGACAUCUUUUACAGGACUGAAAAUGAUCCUAGUCCCGGUGCGUUUUACGAUCGUUUCGCCGGCUUUUUCCUCUACGUCACCAAUACUACUUCAAAGGAGAACGGGAAGAGGUGUUUUCACGAAUUGCAAAAUGUGACCGGUACGCCAACGGAAGACCAGAGAAUCAAUUGCUCAGUGUAUGGAAGAUACGUUAUUUACUUCAAUGAACGAAUCCAACGCUUUCACUACCCUUCCUACUAUUCUCGGUAUGCAUACAAUGAAUUGUGCGAAGUGAAAGUAUUUGGCUGUCCUCUUACUGGAUACUAUGGAGAGAAUUGUAGCAAACCCUGUCCACAAAACUGUCUGGGACAGCAGUGUGACGCCAACACUGGAAACUGUCUGAAUGGAUGUAUAGAAGGAUUUCAGGGCCUAUAUUGUAGUUAUUUUAAUUUUGCCCUCCGGAGACCAGCAUGGCAGGACCAUGAUUACCCAGGCCAUUCUUUAGACUGGGGAGCAGCUAAGGCAGUAGAUGGGAAGUAUUCUAACCGCUCUGUAGUGGGAAACCAAUGUACAAUAUCGGCAAACGAUCAAGUAACGGCAAAAUGGUAUGUAGAUCUAGGGAGGAUAGUCAGCAUCAGUCACAUCCACAUCUACUACAGGACUGGUAAUACACCUAGUCCUGGUGCAUUCUACAGACGUUUUGCUGGAUUUUUCGUGUACGUUUCAAACUAUACUACUAAGGACAACGGUAUUGAGUGUUUUCAUGAAAUACAGAAAAAUAACGGUACACCCACAGAAAACCAAACAAUAAGUUGUCCAUUUGACGGACGCUAUGUGAUAUACUACAACGAGAGGAGGGCUGACUAUCACUAUCCAGAUUAUUACUCCAGAUAUGCUUUUAAUGAAUUGUGUGAAUUUGAAGUUUAUGGAUGUCCUAACUCUACAUAUUACGGGAAAUAUUGUGACCAAUUAUGUUCGGACAGUUGUCUUGGACAGAGAUGUAAUUUUCUAACAGGAAACUGUCUUUUGGGAUGUUCAAGGGGAUAUAAGGGACCUCAAUGUAGACAGAAAUGUGUGGGUGGAACAUACGGAUUGAAAUGUAACAAAACUUGUGGACUCUGUUCUGACGGAUCCCAAUGUCAUCAUGUGAACGGUUCAUGUUUAAAUGGAUGUUCUCCAGGAUAUAAAAGUCCCCUCUGUAUCACAGAAUGUGACAGUGGAUUUUUUGGCGACGCCUGUAGGCAGACAUGCGGUCUUUGUCUUGGUAACUCAUCAUGUCAUCAUAUCAAUGGUUACUGUCUACAAGGAUGUUCUGCGGGAUACGAGGGUGAUCUUUGUAAGAAAAAUUGUGACGAAGGAAAGUAUGGAUUGAAAUGUAACAAAACGUGUGGACACUGUUCUGACGGAUCACAAUGUCACCAUGUGAAUGGUUCAUGUUUAAAUGGAUGUUCUCCAGGAUAUAAAAGUCCCCUCUGUAUCACAGGAUGUGACAGUGGAUUUUUUGGCGACGACUGUAGGGAGACUUGUGGUCAUUGUCUUGACAACAUAGUGUGUCAUCAUAUCAAUGGUUCCUGUCUAAAAGCAUGUUCUGCAGGAUACGAGGGUCCCCUUUGUAAGAAAAAAUGUGACGGUGGAAGAUAUGGCUUGAACUGCAACAAGACCUGUGGUCACUGUCGUGACGGCUCGCAAUGUCAUCAUAUCAAUGGAACUUGCUUGACAGGAUGUUCACCCGGAUACAAGGGAUUUUUCUGUAUCAGUGAAUGUGAUGGUGGCAUGUACGGUAUGAACUGCAAUCAAACCUGUGGAAAUUGUCUUAAUGAUACACAGUGCCACCAUGUUAAUGGUACAUGUUUACAGGGGUGUUCAACUGGAUACAAAGGAUUGACCUGUAAUAUGCAAUGUGACGGUGGGAUGUACGGUGUUAACUGCAGUCAGAGUUGUGGUCAGUGUCUGAAUGGUACACAGUGUCACCACAUCAACGGAUCAUGUGUAGACGGGUGUUCUACGGGAUACAAAGGGUCUUUAUGCUCACAGGAAUGUGAUGGUGGAAUGUACGGUAUGAACUGCAAUCAAACCUGUGGAAAUUGUUUUAAUGAUACACAGUGUCAUCAUGUUAAUGGUACCUGUUUACAAGGGUGUUCGAUUGGAUACAAAGGAUUGGCCUGUUCUACAGAAUGCAAUGGAAGGAAAUAUGGUGUGAAUUGUAGCCAAGAGUGUGGGAAUUGCAUUAAUAAUACACAAUGUCAUCACAUAAAUGGCUCUUGUUUAGGAGGUUGUGAUAAUGGCUUCAAGGGUUUGACUUGCUCAAAAGAAUGUGAUCGUGGAUCGUAUGGUUACAACUGUAGUCAUACUUGUGGCCAUUGUAUCAAUGAUACCAACUGUUACCAUGCCAACGGUUCCUGUUUUCUCGGAUGUUCCUCUGGAUAUGAAGGGGCGCUAUGUAAAAAAGAAUGUGGAAAAACCAAGUGGGGUGAGAAUUGUUUGAAGAAUUGUAGCCUCAACUGUGUCGAUCAAAUAUGUUCUCAUGAUGUCGGAAAGUGCUUACAGACAAAGGCUUUAAAAUCAACAGACGAAAGCCCUUCAACGCUUCCCAUAGCAGGAGGAGUGAUCGCGGCUGUAGUUAUUCUAGUUAUUGUCACAGUUUCUGUCAUAUUUCGUAGAAGUUGUAUCACGUCAGAUCUUAGUCUGAAUCUUCCAUUUAAAAUAACAACGUUACAUGAGGUAAUAUGUGAAAUAUAUAUACUUUGCAGAUCUCGAACAUUAAGAAAUGAUCAAAAAGGGAAAAGGGCCAGAUACACAGCAACAAACAUCUCCAACGUUAAUUCUACUUCAAAAUCGGGGUUCUCAAAUAUCUAUGAGAACAUGGAAGGAUUUUCAAAAUUAAAAGAAAACAAGGAUUCAACUAAACAAGGCCUCGAAAUGAAAACAAGACAAAACGAGCGUGACGAAGAUGUUGACAACGAUGAGAAAAAACACGAAGAAAACCCAUACGGAGAUCUCUACGUUAAUGACGAAGCCAUCCCAGACAUAAAAGUUGACCAGUUAGAGCGUGUUAUUAAAGAAAAGCAAAGGCAUGAAAAUGAUGGUUUCAAAAGGGAGUAUGCGACUAUGCCUUAUGGUGAGAAACAUCCUUGCAGCGCUGGGAAAAAACCAGGAAACUUACCUAAAAACAGAUACAAGAUUACAUUUCCAUAUGACCAUUCCAGAGUCAAAUUGUCCAACAGCCAGUCGGAUUACAUCAACGCCAAUUAUAUUGAUGGUAUUGAUAAGACACAUGCGUAUAUUGCGGCACAAGGUCCGCGACAGAACACAGUGUCAGAUUUCUGGAAAAUGGUUUGGCAGGAGAAUGUGACACAGAUAGUGAUGCUCACCAACUUAAAGGAGGGCACCAAGACAAAAUGUGUCAAAUAUUGGCCGGAUAUGAACAAAAGUAGUACAUUUGGUGAGAUGAUCCUACGUGCGGAGGAAGAACAAAGUUAUGCAAAUUAUAUAAUACGGAGAUUUAGAGUUAAUUGUAAGGGAUUGAGAACAUACCGCAUAGUAACACAAUACCACUAUACGACCUGGCCGGAUCACGGGACUCCGGCACCGCUCUCUCUUGUAGUCUUCCAUGAUCACGUGACUAGAACAAGAGAGAAACAGAAUGGAGGUCCAACGGUAGUACACUGCAGUGCUGGAAUCGGUCGUACUGGUACUUAUAUCGCUAUAGACGCUUUAAGCAAGGUGGGCAAAACAGAGAGGAAAGUCAACAUCGCAGAAUACGUGAAGAAAAUGAGGGAAAGUAGAAUGAAUAUGGUUCAAACCUAUGAGCAGUACAUGACUAUUUUUCUUGCACUCGAUGUCAUGUUCAAAGCUCCAACCUGUGUACUCACCAAAUCUGAAUUCUUAAGAAGAGCAGAACUAAUGACACGUUUUCAGCCAGCCAAUGAAAGUGAACUAAGAAAGGAGUUCCAGAACCUUCUGAGAGUGCGACCAUCAUACACAGACGAGGAUUACACGUUUGCUCAGAGCGGAUAUGAAAAAUCAUCCAUUCUUCCACUUGACAAAUACAGUCUUUUCCUGUCAUCGAAUGUACCGAAACGCGGGAACUAUAUCAAUGCAGUCACUGUUCCUUCUUACAGCAAACCAGAUGUAUUCAUAAUAACACAUUAUCCCUCACCAGAUGGUGCUGUUGACUUCCUGCGCCUGCUCAAUGAUCACGAGUCAGACUUAGUGAUUUGUAUGAAUCCUCUUAGAAACAUCGAAUCGCAUAAACAUUGGCUGCCGACUACCAACAGCUCAAAAAGAGUUUCCCCAUUCACUAUUCACUGUGGAAGUGAACAAGUGACAGAUAUUAAAUGUACAACAAUCAGCAUUUCUCAGGAUGGGAAAAAUGAGAAUGGUUGUUCAGUGUCAAUAAUAGAACCAACAGAUGAAAUUCAAACAGAACGUUCCCAGGCUACAGUGCAGAUGUUAGGCUUGGUUUCCUUUGCUCUUCAGAGUGAAACAGAUGGUCCUAUAACAGUAGUUAGCAGUGAUGGUGCAGUUUUGUGUGGGGUAUUCUGUGCAGUAUAUAACGCACUACAGCAGUUGUCUAUAGACGGGGAGGUGGAUAUCUUUUCUACUGUUCGACAGUUACAGAUACGACGACCAGAAUUAUGCUCUUCAAUGGAGGAGUACAAAAUGAUUUACGAUGUUGUUUUGGAUUACAUCUGGGCACAAGAAUCAUCAUCUGAAGAAAACAUUUACUGCAACCAAUAGUGGCAUUUUUAAAACAACGUGUUUGAAUCAAUUUCAAAUUUUAGGAAUAAAUCUUUUGGACAAAUGUUGGUAGCGGAAAAUGAAAAAAGACAAUUAUUCUUGCAAAAUACCCUUUGUAAGGAUGCAUGUUAGAAGACAUCCAAAAAAAAAUAACGUAUGUCCACAACGAACAUGGGUGAUCAUUGCCUUAAUCAGAUGAUAAAGUUCUGAAGCAUGAUCUGAUAUUUAACCUGUUAAAAUACACAUUAAACAGUAAACAUUAAGAAAUUAAUGUGGUAGUGGCUUUCAUAACAGGUUCAUCCAUAUUGACCUCUAUG